AUGUAUGCCUGGAUGGAGAGCGAAGACUUUGUUGGCGCCUGCGGAACUCUUGUGGAAAUCAUUUCAGUGAAUGUUUCUGAAGAGGAAACUGCUAACCUUGGAAAACUCACGCCAGAGAUCGACGGAUUCGUGGCAACGCUAGAAGCUGCAGAGGCUAUGCUCAUUCGGACCAAAAAGGCAAUGAAAGUGGAUACGGAAAUUCUUGUCAACGCUUUGGGAAGAAGGGCGUCUGAGCUCUUCAAACAAUUUACUGCAUCUGCUCCGUUUGACGGAUCUUCCUUUAAGUACGAGGCGUCCACAGCUUUCGGCAUUAUACAGGGCUUCAAAGCUGAAUUAAGCAAACUUUCUGCUGACCGGGACCAACUUAUUCCUAUCCUUGAAUUCUUUGGCAUUGAAUAUCACACUAGCCGGGACCUGGAGCAGAUGCAGGGUGAUAUCGAAAAGCUAUGGGACGUCUGGUCACUAAAGGCAAUUCGAGAUCGUCACUGGGACAGAAUCAAAGCCGAAGUUGCAGAAAAGUUCGACCAACGCUCUCCCGAUUUUACUUUGAAGUCCGUGUUUCACCUGGAUCUCCUGAGACGAUCCGAUUUGAUCUCCCGUCUUACUGACGAAGCGCGGAAGGAAUUCAAAAUUGAGGCUGCUUUGAAUGAAAUCAUAGCUGUGUGGAGUUCCUUAGAGCUUAACAUAGUGCCAUACAAGAACAACAUGCUCCGCGUCGAGGCAGACGAGGGCCUUCUGGCUACGCUGGAAGAGCAUUUGCUAAGUCUUUCGACCAUAAAAAGCGACCAGUUUCACUUCCCGUUCAAGGACCUCGUGUCCUACUGGGAGGCGACUUUAUCCACGAUUGCUGAGCUUCUGGAGCUGCUGCAGCAGGUGCAAAGACAGCAAGAGUUCCCCCGCUUCUACUUUGUCUCUAAUUCUGACAUGCUGGAAAUAUUGGGAGAAGCAAAGGAUCCAGAAAAGGUCCAGAAGCACAUCAAGAAGUGCUUUCAAGGAAUUAAGAACCUGGACCUUGUGCCACCCGGCAAACGUGGAAACAGGUGCUGGGAAGCUGACGGGUUUACUUCAUGCGAAGGAGAGCGACUGAAAUUCACUCCACGACCUGUGACAGUGGAAGGAGGAGUGGAGCAGUGGCUAAACAAGGAAAAACUGAUGCAGAGUCGCUGUGACAGCGAGCAUCACUUUUCAUGGACUUCACAGCUCAGAAUGGAACUGCGGGAAGACAUUCACGAACCAGAGAAAAAUGGUAUUUCGGCCCCCUUAAUGCAGCCUGGAUUUUCAGGCGCCUUGGUAUGCCAGUGCCUUCAAACGGAAACAGUUACUCCUUAUGGCUACGAGUACCAGGGGAUUUACAGUCGGCUGGUCAUAACCCCACUGACAGACCAGUGUUUCAUGGCGCUUACAUUCGCUUUGCACUUGAGACUCGGCGGGUCGUGUCAAGGGCCUGCAGGAACUGGAAAGACCGAGACCGUGAAAGACCUUGGAAAGACCCUGGGGAAAUUUGUUAUUGUUUUCAAUUGCUCUGACGCACUAGACUACGUGUCUCUAGGGAGGAUAUUUAGUGGGCUGGCUCAAAGUGGCGCUUGGUGCUGCUUUGACGAGUUCAACCGAAUUGGGUACAGAGGGAGAGCCGAACUACCUGACAACCUGAAAAGCCUUUUCCGGCCAGUUGCGAUGAUGACACCGGAUGCCGCUCUCAUAUGUGAAAUUUUGCUGAUGGCUGAGGGAUUUGACAACGCUAGACUACUUUCACGGAAAGCUACUGCGCUCUUCCAGCUGAUGGCGCAGCAGCUUAGCAAGCAGGACCACUAUGAUUUUGGACUACGCCCAAUCCGUGCAGCACUGCAAAGGGCAGGGGAAAUAAAGCGUCAGGCUAGUGAAUCCAUGGUGGAACAAGCUGCCGUAAUCCAAGCAAUCCUUGACAUGGUUGUCCCCAAAACAGUGCCAGACGACUUGGAUAUUUUGUUUGCGCUUGUCAAGGAUCUUUUUCCAGAAGCUGAACUUGCUGAAAGUGAAUCCGAAACCCUUAGGGAGGCUCUGGAAGUGAUCAUAGAGAAGAACGGUUGGACUAAAGUUGACCAUCAAGCAACUAAAGCUCAACAAUUGUAUCAGUGCAUGCGCACUCGUCAUGGAAAUAUGAUGGUUGGAAGUACCCUCUCCGGAAAGUCUACGGUGUUGUCAAUGCUUGAGCAAGCGUUGACCUACCUCAGUAUUGGAGGAUUGGACUACCCUACCGUCAGGAGGUGCGUAGUCAACCCCAAGUCACUGGAUGGGGCUGAGCUCUACGGUGGGUUCAGCCCCACUACACGAGAAUGGACAGAUGGCGUAUUUUCAGCAUUGCUUCGGACAUGCUGCAACGAAGUUCAGCAGCAAAGCCGAAGCAGCAGAUGGGUUGUGCUCGACGGGCCCGUGGACACAACAUGGGUAGAAAGUAUGAAUUCGUUGCUCGAUGACAACAAGACACUGACUUUAACAAAUGGAGAUCGAAUUGAACUGCAUUCCCAGGUGGGUGCUCCUUGA